CUCCGUCCAAUCACGGCGUCUCAAAGUUGUGCUGCGGAAGAGGGAUGCCGAGGAGAUGGCCGAGCUCAGAUAGCGUCGUGUUAGUGGCCACCUUCACCAUGGAGCUGCUCCGGAGGAGAGACGGAGGCUGCGGGGGGCGGCUGCUGGUCUUCGCGGUUGUUUUCGGCUGGUGUGUCGGGUCUGUGCGGUGUUUCGGUCACAGCCAGGACAGCGAGUUCACGUUCCUGGUGCCCGCCGGAAGAUCCGAGUGCUUCUUUCAGUCAGCGGCGAAGAACGGCUCGAUGGAGGUCGAAUAUCAGGUGAUAGCAGGUGCUGGUAUGGAUGUUGACUUCACCAUCCUUUCUCCAGAGGGCGUCCUGCUCAUCAUCGAAACCCGACGCUCUGACGGAGUCCACGUGGUGGAGCCCACGGAGGCGGGGGACUAUCAGAUCUGCUUUGACAACAGCUUCAGCCGCUUCUCAGAGAAGAUGGUGUUCUUCGAGAUCAUCAUCGAGGGUCAGGGAGGAGACGUGGGUGGAGAUGAUGAGUGGGCGGGGUUAGAGGAGCCUGACGGAAGCCUGCUGGAGUACAAGCUCGACGACAUCCGGGAGUCCAUGGACUCUCUGCACAGACGCUUGGAGCGCAGCCGUCAGAUGCAGACGGUGCUGCGGGCCUUCGAGGCGCGGGACCGAAACCUGCUAGAAGAUAACCUUUGGAGGGUCUCCUUCUGGUCCUGUGCCAGCAUGAUGGUGAUGCUGUGUGUGGCCUUUACUCAGGUCUACACUGUCCGUAAACUGUUUGAUGAUAGGCGGAGAGUCUGCACAUAAAGGAAAUGUUGCGCUGCACUACAAGACGGGCUGGGAAGGAAAACAAGAUGUUCACCUGGUUACCCAUUCAGAUUGUGCGCCAUCACUUUUGAUUUUGUCUACAUGAAUACCACAAUUCAAAUUCAACAGUAGAGGCUCUUUUCUCAAUCAGGGAGGAAUAAUUGAAUUUCUUUGCUGUAGCUCAUGAAGGGUAACCAGAAGAGGAAGUUGAAGUUGGUCAUUUCUUUUUAUUUAGUGCCUUUAAUGUCAAAUUUGACCACAGACCAAUGAGAAAAUCCUUUUUGAAAGAGGCAGCCUUCAUAGACCAAAUGGCAAAGGUUAUGUUGCUGCUGUCCUACAUUUUUGAAACUGGUUGAAUUCCCUUUUUUAUGGGAUUUUCUGCAAAAGGUGAAAUUAACCUUAUUAAAGUUUAAAGGUCAGUUAUAAGUCACAACUCAAAACAGAGGACUUACAAAUUGAUAGUUUCCAAUCGAUAACAAUGUGCAAUAGUGUUGUUGGCGUCUUCCUGAGUGUGAGAUCCUGCCGUUAUAUUGGUGAACUGUCCAUUGAUCUAAAUGUGUCCUUGGUUACAGCCUCAUGUUAACUUUCUUUUUCUUUGAGAAGUUACUGAUUUGUUUUUUGUUCCAGUCCAAGGUCAUGUGGGCAAAUAAGAAUGUAGAGUAAGAAACAGUUUUUCCUAUAACAUGUAUGUGUCAGUCCUCCUGCAGACACACACACACAGUGUGUCUGUUCAGAUAAGCAUCAAGACAAUUCAGUGUGAACAAAUGUGUAUUUCUGGAGGAUAACAUUUGCUUUUACUUUGAUGUGUGUUUACUGUGUCAACAAAAUGUGACAUUUUGUUUGUACUCAGACGGCCAUAAAGUGAUUUGUUUUCUAUUUACCAUGAGCAGAGUGUCAGAUAAUUAAGAUAAUCAGGUUUUCAUGGGUGUCAUUUAUAUUAAUAAAUACAUUUUUUACACAGUU